GUUUAGUUCAAGAUGGCGGACGGUAAGUGAAAUUUCUUCUGCACAUUUAUCGCAUUUUUUACCCCCGUAUGUGGUUUUGUCUUUUACUCAAGUUAUAAGUAGAAAAUAGAAACUUUAUUUAGAUCUUCUGUGUAAGCUUUUUAGGGUUUUCGUUGCCGGUGGGGCUAAUUUUCUUGAUGAAAACUCAAACGUAACAUGUCUCGUAUGUGUUAGCACACUCUGAAAGCUUCUGAACCUAAGACAUGUGCAUUUCUCAAAUGUAUCGUUUAUUUUAAACAGUAAAUGAAGGAAACGAACAGAAAAUUUAAAUUUAAUUUCUUCUUGAUCAAUGAAGUUCUUGAGAAAUCGAAGAAAGAAGAUCCAAGCGCAAAUGCCAAAGCAGAAUCCAAACCAGAUCGGCCGAGCAAUCUGUGUUGUUACUCGCAGCGUAUCUGCAACGUGGAGAAGUUGAAAGGCUUUGAUUUUUGCCACAAGCACAUCUUAGAAGACAAGGCUAGUCCUUUCAAACCUUGUGACUUCGUGGCCAAAUCAAAUGGCAGAAGAUGCCCUAAUCCUGCUCCAAAGUUGCCAGCUAGAGGGAAAAGGUAUUGACCCUAACCUACAGUGUAACAACAGGGCCAUUUAUACGAGGAAAAAUAAGACGCGUCUUACAUAGGAUGCGUCUUAAAUAAGACGUGAACUUUCGGUAUAAACGGCACAUUUCGUCUAAAAUAAGACGCGGCUUAGCUAAGACGUGUCUUAUUUUAGAACAGCCCUUAAACACCUGUUCUUAGAUAAGAUGUGUCUUAGCCAAGACGAGGAAAACUUCGUAUAAAUGACCUCGUCUUUUAUAAGAUGCGAAUGCAUAGUACGCAUGCGUUAAUUUUUGGUGCGCCACGUUGGAUUACUGUUGCUACGGGCAACAUUCACAUGAAAGCAAGUCAUGAACAGAAAUAAGACGCGAACCAUUUAUAUGAGCUGUUCUCAUCUUAGGUAAGACAUGCUCGAAUAAAUGGCACAGUUCGCGUCUUAUUUAAGAUGCAUCUUAUGUAACACGCGUCUUAUUUUUCCUUGUAUAAAUGGCCCUCAUGUUCUGGAUCGGGUAUGGUCAAAACCCGGAAUCUGGAAACCCCACGAUGAAUGCUGAAUGACUCUGAAGUUUAGUGAUAAGGGUUAGGAAACUGAGUGAAUCAAGUUUCAGGUCAGUUUUCAUUCAGUUUCCCUAAUCACUAAACUUGAGAGUCAUUUUUCGUUUGCAUGGGGUUUCAGUAUUCCGGGUUUUAGGCAAACCCUUCUGGAUCCUAAAAUAAAUGUAUUAAAGUCCCCAAGAACUAAGGCCCAUUUUCUCUCAACCAGUGGGGUAUUAGUUUUUGUAGUCCUGGCCUAGAAAUGUUGAAACUUAGAAAUAGAAUGGACGUGUAUAAAAAUUAUCAUGCAGUGUUGAAGAUUUGCUAGGAGUAUAAUCGGGUUGGGUCAUUUUAUAUUUUUCUACUGGUUUAUUAGAUUGUUAGUCCCGUCAUGUUUUAUUUACUGUGACCAUGUCAUUACUUGGAUUUUUAUUUGGAAGCUUCAGGACCCCUUUUCCUGAAAAAUAAAGUUUAAAGUGGGGGGGGAUGAAGAUAUCCACAUAUGUGAAUAAAAAGUUACGGAACAAAGAACAAGAGCCCUACUCCAAAAUAGUUAGUGUUUAGUUCCCCAUGUAUGACCUUAUCAAAGUUGUUUUGUUGUUCAAGCUGGUGGUGACUACUGGCAAUAAAAGUCUAUGAAUUGCUUUAUGUGUAUGCACUGCUGUCAGUCAUUUCAACAUGUUGUGGGUACUGAGCUGGAGUGUUUCUUUGUCUGUUACUACAUAACAUUGUUUUCUUAGAAGAGAGGAAAAAAUGAUGAUCUGAUAUAUUUUUGUCAUGAUCCACCAACUGUCCUUGCUUUAACUAAAAUAAAUAAUGAUUUCAUUAGGUCAACCUGUCAUCAAGGCGCGAAAGAUGUCCUAUAAAAUAUUUUUGUACUCGGGGAGGUCAAAGCAAUGACCAUGUUUUAUUUUCAAAUUUUGAGCAAAAGUAAUAACAACUUGUCCGCUUUUUUUAUUGCAGUUUUUGCAUCAUUCACACUCGAAAGGCUGAGCUGCGUCGAGCAGUAGAGGAAAGGAGAAAGAGAAGGCACCAUGAGGGUGAUGGUGAAGAGAGUUAUGAUGGUGAUAGAGAAAAACGAAGAAGAACAUCAAGUUCAAAUUCCCAGAAAAGUGAUAAACUAGAUAAUCAUUCUUCAGGUACAGUGUACAUUUGUUGUUAUUGAAGUACAGUCAGGUGGAAAGCCAAGAUUUGCAUUAAGUUUAUAAUCCAUCGUAAAUAGGGUUCACUCAACAUGUUGUACAGGCCAUGUCAGGGUAAAAUUCCGACAAGCGACAUAGCCUUGAAACAGUGACAUAGGACAACAGAAAUGCUGACAAACGACACUAACAUGGGUUGACACUGUGACAGCGACAGAGAAAAAUGCAAAUACAAUAGUACAAUACGUAUACCGGCAGUGACAUGGCUUCCUCCUCAACAUUGCAAAAUGACAGGUUUUGAAAACGGUUUUUCCUAGGCAUGCCAAGGAAACUGGGAUAAGCUCUGGCUGUUUAGGCCUUUGGCUUGUGUGCUCCUUUUAAGCUUUACCUACCUUUUUGCCUUUUUAGAUGACGAGGGUGGUGCUAGUGGCGAUGAUUACCUGAAAGUAGAUAGUGCUUGGCAUGGUGAUAUAGACAGUGAUGCUGAAUCUGUGGACAGUGAAGAAGAAGACCCUCUCAAGUAAGCUUUCGACAUUUAGAACAUGGAAGAGUUUGAUAAUGAAUUUUGGGCAUGUAGUUUACCAGUGUAAAGAUGGCCACUUUUAAUGAUGUAUUUUGUGUUUUGUUCACUUGUGUUCCGUAGUUUGUUUUAAAAGAUGCCUAAAAUAAUACAUCUUGUCAUAACUAUGAAGAUGGAUAACUGACAUUUUUUGAAAUGGUUGCACAGAUGGCCAAUAGGAGAUUAUAUGCUUUUGUGUGUUACAUGUAGCUCAUCCCUGGUCAAUCAUUAAAACGCAGCUUAGCGUUAUUAUUUAUUAUUGUUUAUGCUAUAAAAAUGAUGUCAAGAUCAACUUUUGCAAACCAGUUAGCAAGACGUAACAUCCUUCUCCUAGGCAUGCAGGCGUCUGGACAGUUGAGGAAGCAACAAGAAUGUGCCGUGACAAGAUGAUCAGACUAAGAUCUUUGUACAUAGCUCAGUUCAAGAGACUACAACAUGUGUUAAAAGAGAGAAAAAGAAAAUACUGUCAGGCAAUUCAUGCUGAAGAAGAGGAGGAAGCAGGUAUGAACUACAUUUACUGGUAUUACUACUUUUAUUAUUCAUUCAAAUAUUUCUCAGUUUCUGGCUAAAAUUCUGGCUAAAGUUUGGCUAAAAUUUGGCUAAAAUCCGUGCAUAAUUCAUGAGAACCAGCUACUGUUGACCAAAUCUGGAAGAAUUUUGUGAUAUGUGAAAAAUGGCAUCAGUUUUGCAGCAAAAUUGCCAGAUUAUUUAAGAGUUACCCGAGAAAACCGGGUUUUAGGUUGAGUUACUUUGGUACUGAGUACAAAAUGGUGGAACAUUUCACGUGUUUCAAAAGGAAGAAAUAGGCAAACUAUUGGCUAAAAACAUAGCAGGAAGAGUGAGAAGAUUGUCAACUUGAUGGAUGACAUCUGCUGCUUGGAGAAUAUUUGCAGUACUGAACAACCCUUUAUCUCCUAAACUUGCCGAUAUACAGGCAUUGAUGGAGGUAAGCAUGAUUUAGCUUGCUUUUAAACUAGGAAAUUAUUUUUAAUGAAUAAUGAAACAAUUAUUGAAGUUGGCUUUCGUAUCAUCUGAAGAAUUAUGGAGAUCUUGGAGGGUGUUAUCCGUGGCGAUUAUAACACCCUCCUCGAUCUCCAUAAUUCUUCAGAUGAUUCUCAGCCUCAUCUGAUAAUAUUAUAAUUAAAUACAGUAUGGUCACCAGUGGGCCAGGAAAAUGUAUGCUUGUUUUGCUGGGCAUCCAAAAAAAAAAGUGGCCGUAAUAAUGAGGGGACCGUAUUUCCGAGGCAGCCGUAAGGCAGGGUUUCACUGUAUUACAAAAACCUCAUCCAAUAAUAUUGUUUAUUAUUUGUGUCCAUAGGAGAGUGUAAUCUGACACCCACACAACUUCUAGGUCACAAGCCCCUACAUGAGCGUCCUGGCACUGAAACUUUGCUGCGAAAGCAGGCAAAAGAAAAGAAACAAGGAACAAACACGCGGCAGCAGGCUGUCUCAACUUUGCGCUGUACCUACUCUCCUGGGGGAAACAGAUGCACUGAAAAGGUCUUGCCCCUUACAAAACACUGUAUUAAACGUAUCCUUUUUAUCCUAGACUGACCAAAGUGGGAAAUUUUCCACGGCCGUGGUGAAAAAGGGGAGCAAGUCAUUGUUUGAAGUUUGAACUGGACCAAAAUAGUUACAAGCUACAAGUUACAAGCUUCACCAAAGGGCCUGGAAUACUCACAGAGCAAGCUCCCCUACAAGGGCCACAAAAAAAUAUUUCAAAUUAUAAAUACACUGUACUAAUAGUAAUAAUAAUGACAACGUUCAGCUGGUAACAGUAGAAAGACGAACAAUAACAAAUAAAUAGGGACAAACAAAGUCAAAGGAAUCAGCAACACAUUAAUUUUGAUCAAGCAAGUUUGUGGUUGACUAGUGUCAUACACGCGCUCUUAUAGGCCGAAGGGGUGUUGAGAGAGUGUGAUACAAACACUUUUUGAAAAGCUUUAAUAUUUCUUGAAAUGGCCCAAUGAACAGUCAAUAAUUCGGAGAUGGGAUGUGGGGACAAGUGUUCCUGGUUCUUGGGGCUUUGACUAUACAAUAUAGUUAUCCUAGAAAUCAAAGGGUUGUUUCAGGUCAACAGGUUCCUUGACCUGUCUGCAGACAUCUGUCAUGAUCCAAAUCAGCUGCUGUUUCAACAGUGUACAUUCCAGUCAAAAGGGGAAAGCCAGUGUGACAGGAAUGUUGCUAAGAUCUUCAAACACACCUCAUGUAGACUACACAUGGAGCUGCCAUCAAGCAUGAACAGACCAGAUGUAAAGAAGGACUUGCAAGAUGCGGAGGAAAGAGCGAAGUAAGUUGAGGGAAAUCACUUCUGUAAAGGAUAUUAAUUUGGAAAAAAGAUCUAGAGUUAGUGCAAGUUUUCCUGUUACUGUUCAGGUGUUUGUCAUUGUUAAUUUUUGGUUGUUUCAGUAGUGGUACACAAACCACGGUUGUUUAACCAUGCUUAUUACCAUAAAAUCUGCAUUCCUUGAUUGUGAAUUAUCUUCAGAGAUGAUUAGACAUGUGACAAGCUGUAUCAAAUUUUCAAAACUGAGUUUUUUAUGUCAUAUCCAUAUACCUAGAAGUCAACACAUUUUGUUCAUUUUAACCAACGUCUGCAACAGUUUGGGCUUUGAUUUCCUUCCAAUCUAAUCACUAAGCAAUCUUUCUUUGCAGAUUAAGAAAAGCCAGAGCGUUAGAACUAAAAGAUCAACCUGAUGUGCCAGAAGCUUUGCAACAGAAAUCUAUUGCUCUUUUGCCACCACCUACCACUGACCAGACAGAAGAAACCACAACCAUCAGCUCCGAACCACAGCAAGAUUCAACAUCUAUUGCCACUGACAGUCUGUGUGCUGGAUCAGAGAAAAUGGAUGUUGAUGUCAGCGAUGAUCCCGGAAAAUCUGCAACUGAAGGUGCUGUUACAGCAGCAUCUUCAACUAGGUCAAGCACGGAAUCAGCAUCAGAUCCUUCAGAGAGUAUCUCUCCUGGUUUUGCAGCUGCAAGCCUUGUAGCAGUUUGUAGCAGUCCUCAGUUACCAUCGCAGGGGACACCACUAUCAAGUGUCAGUGACAUGAACCAGUCUUCAGAGUCAGACAACAAAACAGUGACAACCAACAGUGGUGAUAAGCAGCAAAGUAAAAGUGAUGCUUCUUCUGAUGCUUUAAAAAGGGACGCAGAGCGCAAGCCGCCUGAAGCUGCAGCAGAAGGAAGCCUAAAAGGCACCAGCUUGUCAACAGCAGUUGGCCAGGACGAAGUGUCAUCAAAACCUCAAGAACUGGCAAAAACAGACUCUUCCGCAGACACCCAGGCAGUCAUCCCUGAUUCUGAAGCACAUCAAACUAAACAGACCACAGCAGAGACAAAUGUUGCCAAAGACAGCACUGAAGAAAACAUUACACCAUUUUCAACUUCUACAUCACAGAAUGUUACUCAAGACACUUCCCAGACUGUUGCAUCACAAGAUAUAUUGAUGACUCCCUCAAAGGUCAUCUCACCCACCACAAAAUCUGAGGACACUGAGGACACUGUUCAGAUUUCCUCCAAGAGUGCUUCACAAGGUACAGUCAGUGCCUCAAAAGUCACCUCUCCCACUUUAAGUACAGCUUCAUUACAUGAGUCAUCCACAGACCUGGCAAAGGUUCCUUCAAAAACGGCCUCUAGCUCCUUGAAGGUCACCUCUUCUGCAAUGAUAAAAGUAGGGUUGGGGGAAUCCUCAGAAGGUUCAGCACUGGACACUUCAAAGGAUACAAUGCAGAGUUCCACAAAAAGUUUCAUACAAGAGGUAGCAAAGAACACUCCUCCAAGUGCCUUGACAGCCCCACCCAAUGCCCCAAAACAAGUAAUACAGGUGCCACCUUUGGUGUAUUUAUCACAGCCGUCAACUGCCAGUUCUUCAGCACCUCAACCAGCCAAGGCAAGUACUACAAAGGGUCACAUGACAAGCGACACACCCCGCCCUACCCCUGUCAAACCAUUUCAGCACCUACCAUCAGGAAUGACAUCAUCUAGUUCCAAGCAAUUCAGUGCAAUUACUUCUGUGAUAAGCAAGGACACAAACAGGGAGACAAAGACGGACAACAUGAAAACUAAAGAUCCAGUAGAUACAGGAAAACUUUAGCUGUAAAUGGUACUUACCAGUGCUGGGCUGUAAUUACAGUUUUUUGGUGUCGCUUUGAGCAUUUGGGACAUUUUGAUGAAAGUUAUCCCUAUAUAAUCUAGAGUUGUUUUCAAGUGAUUUUGGAUUAACAAAAAAUGAGCUUGAAAUUAGGUGCCUUUUAUGUGGUAAAAGCUACAGCUGUACAAAGGAAGGCCUAGUGAAGUAGACCAAGACACUCAAGCAAUACCAUAGGCAAGAAGGAAACAGUCAAGUAUUUAUAUAUCUUGGUACCUAUAAUAAUCAUUAUGAAGUACUGACUGUGUGCCAGGGGAUGAACUGCUGUCCAGCAUUUUGGAAUUGAACAUCACCUUAACUACAUUUAGCUACUUGUAUGUGAAACAGUCAGUUCAUAUUUGCCAGAGUAUAGAUGUCCAGAAAUAAGAAAAGAUAAGAUCUUUUAAAAUGUAUCUACAUAAUUUUAAAGUCAAGCCAUUACUGAAUUAGAAGAGGUUGUGGUUCUUUUUCCUCUAACUCUUUUUUAAUCUUGCUUUUAGGGAU